GCGGUCCUGGAUUUCGGGCCUGGGCCCUAGGCCUGCGAAAGGACUCUAUCCCCAGCCCUGGAAGGCUCCGGAGCUCCCAGCGCAGUCCUGAGAUGAGACAGCUGGGACCCAGGCUUCCUUUCCUGGGACAGGGAAUGGGGGGUGCCGUGGCAGAGGCCUCUGAUUCCUGCUCACCAUCUCCCAGCCCCAGGAUGCUCCCUUUUGCUUCCUGCCUCCCCGGGUCUUUACUGCUCUGGGCGCUUCUGCUGUUGCUCUUGGGAGCAGCGUCCCCACAGGAUUCAGAAGAAUCGGACAGCUACACGGAAUGUACAGAUGGCUACGAGUGGGAUGCGGGCAGCCAGCACUGCCGGGAUGUCAAUGAGUGCCUGACUAUCCCCGAGGCCUGCAAGGGCGAAAUGAAAUGCAUCAACCACUACGGGGGCUAUCUGUGCCUGCCCCGCUCUGCUGCUGUCAUCAGUGACCUACAAGGCGAAGGACCUCCACCAUCUGCGGCCUCUGCUCAACAUCCCAAUCCUUGCCCACCAGGCUACGAGCCCGAUGAACAGGCGAGCUGUGUGGAUGUGGACGAGUGUGCCCAGGCUUUGCACGACUGUCGCCCUAGCCAGGACUGUCAUAACCUUCCUGGCUCCUACCAGUGCACCUGCCCUGACGGUUACCGAAAAAUUGGACCGGAAUGUGUGGACAUAGACGAGUGUCGCUACCGCUAUUGCCAGCACCGGUGUGUGAACCUGCCAGGCUCUUUUCGCUGCCAGUGCGAGCCAGGCUUCCAGCUGGGACCUAACAACCGCUCUUGUGUGGACGUGAAUGAGUGUGACAUGGGAGCCCCAUGUGAGCAGCGCUGCUUCAACUCCUAUGGGACCUUCCUGUGCCGCUGUAACCAGGGCUACGAGCUGCACCGGGACGGUUUCUCCUGCAGUGGUUUCUGUGUUUCAUUCUCUGCACCACCGACCUGCAUGAACUCCAUCGCAAGCUGGUUGCUGGGCACUCCCAGCUCGGUGGGAGCCUCAAGCGUGUUAGAUAUCGAUGAGUGCAGCUACUCCAGCUACCUCUGCCAGUAUCGCUGUGUCAACGAGCCAGGCCGAUUCUCCUGUCACUGCCCACAAGGCUACCAGCUGCUGGCCACGAGGCUCUGCCAAGACAUUGACGAGUGUGAAUCAGGUGCACACCAGUGUUCUGAGGCCCAAACCUGUGUCAACUUUCAUGGGGGCUACCGCUGUGUGGACACGAACCGUUGUGUGGAGCCCUAUGUCCAAGUUUCUUCGGACAACCGCUGCCUCUGUCCUGCCUCCAACCCCCUGUGUCGAGAGCAGCCUUCGUCCAUCGUGCACCGCUACGUGAGCAUCACCUCAGAGCGCAGUGUGCCUGCCGACGUGUUUCAGAUCCAGGCAACCUCCGUCUACCCCGGCGCCUACAAUGCCUUCCAGAUCCGUGCUGGAAACACGCAAGGGGACUUCUACAUUAGGCAAAUCAACAAUGUCAGCGCCAUGCUGGUUCUUGCCAGGCCAGUGACAGGACCCCGGGAGUACGUGUUGGACCUGGAGAUGGUCACCAUGAACUCCCUUAUGAGCUACCGGGCCAGCUCUGUACUGAGACUCACCGUCUUUGUGGGAGCCUACACCUUCUGAAGAUGACCCUCAGGAAGGGUUGGGUGGGACCCCUUUUUAUCCCUUCCAUAGCUUAAGGAGCCUGGGGCUUAGGGGUGGCUGUUCUGCUUAAAGGGACAAUGAUGUGAAGGACAAUAAAGGGAGAAAGGAG